GGAGGGGUUGCUUUUGACACCCUUUCUUCCAGACAGCAUCAAACUGUGGACAAAGAGACUUCAGGGGAAGAAGAAGUGACAACAACGCAUAGCUGGAAAGCAGAGGAGAGCCCCAAAAAGGUCAGUUUGCUUCGUUUGUUUCUUCAGACUUCAUGGAUCAAGAAACAUAUUUGCGUCCAGAUGAGGCUAAAGACCCGUUUGUACUCAUGAGCCGAGCCCUGCAAGGCCUCCCGGAUGCUGUCGCCACGGUGAUCUCGCACGCCCGUCAGAGAGCCGUACAGGGAUUCGUUCUGUUCAUUAUCGUCACCCUGCUCUUCCUAAUCGCUGCCUUCUUAUAUGGCAGCUUCUACUACUCUUACAUGCCGUUGGCGGCUUUUCACGCCCCUGUGCACUAUUACUACAGGACGGACUGUGAAUCUCCCGCCUCUUUUUCGUGCUCUUAUCCUGUGGCCAACAUCUCUCUGAUGAGGAAUAAGAAACACGUGUUGACAUUCGGUCAGGCCUACGAGAUGUCUCUGCAACUGGAGAUGCCCGAUUCUCCGACCAAUCAGGAGCUGGGGAUGUUCAUGAUCAAGACAACCUGCUUCUCCCAGGAAGGACGGAAAGUUGCGUCCUCCGCUCGCUCUGCACGAAAGCUGCUGUCCGCCUCCAGCUCUCGCUUUGGCAUGCUACGAUACCGCUCAGACCUGCUGAGGUACCUGGGAACGCUGGUGUUCCUCCCGGCCUUUCUGACCGGAGUCACUGAGCAGAAACAAGUGCUGCAGGUGGAGCUCUUCUCGGACUUCACGGACGACCCUUAUUCCCCCUCGACGACGGCCGUCCUUGAGAUCCUGUCCAGCAAGGUGCAGAUCUACUCAUCUCAGCUCCUUAUUCAUGCUCACUUCACUGGUAUGAGAUACUUGCUGUUCAACUUCCCUCUCCUGUCGACCGUGGUGGGCGUGUCCACUAACUUCAUCUUCCUCAGUGUGGUGUUUGUCCUCUGCUACGUGAGGCUGGUGCUGAGUGUGGAUUGGGGACCACAGCAGGUCGCAUCAGAUGGACUGCUGUCGGAUGAGGACAACCAAGGAGAGGGGGGAGGAGAUGCUGCAGGUGCUGAAAAUCUGAUGUCCCCUUCAGACGACUCCAAAAGGUCUGAGGCCAGCGAGGCGCCACCCGCUAGCAGCAACGAGGAGGCGCCGCCCGGACGGGCUCACAGUCAGAUGGACACAAAGGAAACAGAGGCAGCCUGAUUAUUACAGGAAAAAAAAAAGAUUAAAGAUAAACACACACGGCAGAGCUACCCAUGAUUUACCUGUGGACAUUUUUGAUCCCACAUCAGGUCAUCUGUGUUUCAGUCAGGUUUCAGGCCAAGUUGAUUUUCACUGAAAAAAAAAUUUAACCUUGUUUUAGUGCAGAAUAAUAAAUAUUAAAAAAAAAAGAUAAAAGGCAAGUGACAUAAAUAGAACAUAGAACAGAAUAGAAUAUUGUACUGUUUUGCUUUAUUAUUUAUGAUUGACUCACCAUAACCUGAUCUGUUGGAUGCUAAAUAAAUACAUGACAUUAGGAUAUAAAUAAGCACAUGAAUAAAUAAAGACUAAAUAUGUGAGGUACCCUCGAAACUGUUAAAUAAUCCGACACAUUCAUUAACACUGACUUAAUCCCAUCAUUUUCAUUUCAAAAAAGCUUUUCGUUCAGACAUGGAUCUUCUUUUGCAAGUCAUAACUAACAUGCUGUAGCUUAAAUACUACUUUAGAAUGCUUAAAACCUUCCUUAAAAUGUUCUUCCAAAUGUAAAACUAACCCCUAAAAGUAUUAAAGGCAACCUGUGUGUAUCUUUCUAUUACACAAAAAUAUCUUCUAGUUUAAGACCUGUUAGAAAAAUAGAAAGAAAGGCAAUGGUCAAACUGUUGCA